GCUUGUGCCUUCCCUCCGCCCCACCCUCCUCGCUUCUGGCGCUCCAAGGCUUUUCUCCCCGCAGCCAGGCAGCCAGAUUUUUGUUUCUCUUCUUUAUUUUUUCUUUCUUUUCUUUUUUCUUUUCUUUCUCUUCUCUUCUCUUCCCUUCCUUCUUUCCUUUCUCUCUCUCUCUUUUUCUGAGACGGAGUCUCGCUCUGUCGCCCAGGCUGGAGUGCAAUGGCGCGAUCUCGGCUCAAUGCACCUUCUGCCUCCUGAGUUCAAGGGAUUCUCCUGUCUCAGCCUCCCGAAUACCUGGGAUUACAGGCGCCCGCCACCACGCCCAGCUAAUUUUUGUAUUUUUAGUAGAGAUGGGGUUUAACCAUGUUGGCCAGGCUGGUCUCGAACUCCUGACCUCAAGUGAUCUGCCCGCCCCAGCCUCCCAAAGUGCUGGAAAUACAGGCGUGAGCCACUGCGCCCGGCCUCGUUUUCUUAUAUCUCUACAAACCUAAUACUGUUUUUGUCUCUUAAAAAUCUCCAUAUGUAUGGCGGAGCACGGUGGCUCAUGCCUGCAAUCCCAGCACUUUGGGAGGCCAAGGCGGGGGGAUCACGAGGUCCGGAGAUCGAGACCAUCCUGGCUAACCCAGUGAAACCCCGUCUCUACUAAAAAAUACAAAAAAAUUAGCCGGGCGUGGUGGCGGGCGCCUGUAGUCCCAGCUACUUGGGAGGCUGAGGCAGGAGAAUGACGUGAACUCGGGAGGCGGAGCUUGCAGUGAGCCAAGAUCCCGCCACUGCUCUCCAGCCUGGGUGAUGGAGCAAGACUCCGUCUCAAAAAAAAAAAAAAAAAAAAAAAAAAAAAAAAAAAAAAAAAAAAAAAAAUCUACCUGUGUAUUAUACUGUGGAUAUUCUGUAUUUGACAGUUUUUCUCAGCCUUAUAACUGUGCUCUAUCUCCUUGACAUUACUUUCCACCACUGUGACUUUGCUGAUGGACGCUGAAGUUUUUUCUUCUUCUACACAGGCACAUGGCCAAAUAGUUGCAUCACAUGUAUCUAAUCCGAGAGUCUCAUGCUUCUGGUAGCUCCUCAGUGACCAGCUCCUGCUCACUGCCCUCAGAAAGCCCAACCCUCAGGCAAUGGCGGCCUUGUUCCUGUCUGCACCACCCCAGGCCGAGGUGACCUUCGAGGACGUGGCUGUGUACCUCUCCCGGGAGGAAUGGGGCCGCCUGGGCCCUGCUCAGAGGGGCCUCUACAGGGACGUGAUGCUGGAGACCUACGGGAACCUAGUCUCACUGGGAGUAGGACCUGCAGGCCCCAAGCCUGGAGUGAUCUCGCAGUUGGAGCGAGGGGAUGAGCCCUGGGUCCUGGAUGUUCAGGGCACCUCUGGGAAAGAGCACCUGAGAGUCAACAGCCCAGCUCUUGGGACCAGAACUGAGUACAAGGAGUUGACUUCACAGGAGACAUUUGGUGAGGAAGAUCCCCAGGGAUCUGAGCCAGUAGAAGCCUGUGACCACAUCAGGAAGUCAGAGGGGAGCCUGGAAAAGCUAGUGGAGCAGAGAGGCCCCAGGGCAGUCACACUGACCAAUGGGGAGAGCAGCAGGGAGUCUGGGGGAAACCUCAGGUUGCUGUCAAGACCUGUUCCUGAUCAGAGACCUCACAAAUGUGAUAUAUGUGAGCAAAGUUUUGAACAGAGAUCAUAUCUCAACAACCAUAAGCGUGUACACAGGUCAAAAAAAACAAAUACAGUUCGUGACUCUGGGGAAAUCUUCAGUGCAAACGUAGUUGUUAAAGAUCAGAAAAUUCCUACUGGGAAAAAAUUGCAUUAUUGCAGUUACUGUGGGAAAACAUUCAGGUACAGUGCCAACCUUGUCAAGCAUCAGCGGCUUCACACUGAAGAGAAGCCCUACAAAUGUGAUGAGUGUGGGAAAGCCUUCAGCCAGAGCUGCGAGUUCAUCAAUCACCGAAGGAUGCACUCAGGAGAGAUUCCCUACCGGUGUGACGAGUGUGGGAAGACAUUCACCCGGAGGCCCAACCUCAUGAAGCACCAGAGGAUUCACACUGGGGAGAAACCCUACAAGUGUGGGGAGUGUGGGAAGCACUUUAGCGCCUACUCUUCCCUGAUUUAUCACCAGAGAAUCCACACCGGAGAGAAACCCUAUAAAUGUAAUGACUGCGGGAAAGCCUUCAGUGAUGGCUCAAUCCUUAUCCGACAUCGUCGGACUCACACCGGAGAGAAGCCAUUUGAGUGCAAGGAAUGUGGCAAAGGCUUUACACAAAGUUCUAACCUUAUCCAACAUCAGAGAAUUCACACUGGAGAGAAACCCUAUAAAUGUAAUGAAUGUGAGAAAGCUUUCAUUCAAAAAACCAAACUCGUGGAACAUCAGAGAAGCCACACUGGAGAGAAGCCCUAUGAAUGCAAUGACUGUGGCAAAGUUUUCAGCCAAAGCACACACCUCAUCCAGCACCAGAGAAUCCACACAGGAGAGAAGCCCUACAAGUGCAGCGAGUGUGGGAAGGCCUUCCACAACAGUUCCAGACUCAUCCACCACCAGAGGCUGCACCACGGAGAGAAACCCUACAGAUGCAGCGAUUGCAAGAAGGCCUUCAGCCAGAGCACGUACUUGAUUCAGCACCGGAGGAUCCACACCGGGGAGAAGCCCUACAAGUGCAGCGAGUGUGGGAAGGCCUUCCGGCACAGUUCCAACAUGUGUCAGCAUCAGCGGAUUCACCUCCGGGAGGACUUCUCCAUGUAACAGUGGCGCGGUGUCCGAGGGCAGAGUCCAGCUGAGCACUUCCUGCAUGCGCCCCCGGCACCUGACUCUGCCCUUUAUGUAUUAUCCACACGAUGUUUUCACAGAGUGAAAGGACGUUUCUCAUUAAACAAACCUCUUUUCUUAAAUCAAAA